AUGGCUUGCAUCGCCCCACCACCUGCCCGCUACCGCCGCGCGCUCCUUGUGAGCCUCGUCGUCUUCAUCGUCCUCACGAUCGCCCUCGGGUACACUCGACUACUGUCGCUCGACGCCCUCCUCCCGACAGAUAUGCAUAUCCCUGUGCUCCAAAAACCCCGUGGACGCACUGGCGCCGACCGCCCCAUGUCCUACGGCGAGACCGCCCGCCCGGCGUUCAAGGACCUCCCCCACCCGCUGGCGACACUCGAUCCGGCCCUCGUGCCUGCUGCCGACAAUAACCGCCGUCUCAUCAUCAUCGGCGACGUCCACGGCAUGCUCGCUCCCCUGGAAGCCCUCCUCAAGAAGCUGAAUCACAGCGCCGCGCCGGUGUCGAAGGGCCCCGAGGGCGCCGUCUACGACGACCACCUCGUCUUUCUCGGCGACAUGGUCAACAAGGGUCCCAACACGCCGGGCGUCAUCGACCUCCUCCUCCGGCACAACGCCUCGGCCGUCCGCGGCAACCACGAGGACCGCGUGCUCCUGACGCGCGCCGACCGCGCCACGCCCCGCGUAGCCGACGAGUCCGCCGGCGGCGACGAGGGCCCCGCGGCGCCCGACAACCUCGAGCAGCAGCACGUCAUCUCCUCGAACCGCGGCAACAAGGCCGACCACGACACGCUGCGCUCCCUUUCGGCGGCACACCUCGACUACCUCGCCUCGCUGCCCGCCAUCUCGACCUGGGCCCGGUCCCCGGCUUCGCGCCCGCGCUCGUCGCGCCACGCGGCCUCGUUCCGGCACGCUUGCUCGCGCGACGCCCGCGAGACGCUCGUGCGCGCCGCCGCCGACGCCCUGCGCGCCUCGCCCGCCUACCGCACCGGACCCCUAAAGCGAAAGCAACUGCCAGGACAAGAAUCGAGACCGAGGGCCCGCGCCGGCGGACGCCAUGGUCGAGGGACGAGUUUUGCGCGCACGCGCAAGCCCGACGCCGACCGCCGCGUCGCCGUCCCGUCCGAGGCGCACGACGGCCACGCCUGGGCGCCCGUGUGGGAUGCCGCGCAGAAGAGGGCUGAGACCGACGAGGGCCGCAUCGCCGUCGUGUACGGCCACGACGCCAAGAGGGGGCUGCAUGUCGGGGAGUACGCGUUCGGCCUCGACUCGGGGUGCGUGCGCGGGGGCAAGCUGAGCGCGCUCGUCGUUGCGGCUCGCGAGGGCGGCCCGGUUGAGCACCAUGUUGUGCAGGUGGACUGCGAGAAGCCUGACAAGAGGCGUGAGCUUUAA